AUGGCUUCUAACCCAGACACCGGCCCCAAUGGGGGUGAGAAGAAGUUGACGCCAACUCGAAAGGACUCGGACCACAGUGAGGUCUCACGCACUGAGGUCGAAGACACACUCAGCAGAGACAACACCGUGGACGGGGCCCGCCCCUCCAACGUGAACGAUCAGCUCAGCCCCGAGGACCGAAAGCGUCUGGAGGCAUCAGCGAAGCUAGAGAACCCUCUGGCCGGUCUCAGUCAGGCUGACCUCGCCCGCCGGGGUGAGGAGUUCUGCGCCAAGCAUGGCCUCACGGAAGAGGAAGACAUUCGAGCGUUCAGACUCGGCGCCAUGAUUGCCGGGAACAUGAACAAGUAUGACACGGUGGAGGACCUCACAGAACGCGAGAGGGAAGUUCUCGAGAGGGAGAUCACGCACAAGUGGUCCAACCCAACAAUGCUCUACGCUGUCAUUGUAAUCUGUUCGCUUUGCGCUGCUGUCCAAGGAAUGGACGAGACCGUUGUCAACGGCGCUCAGAUCUUUUACAAAGUGCAGUUUGGUAUUGACGAUAGCGAUACAAACCCCAAUGCAAAGACGAACUCCUGGCUCAUCGGCGUAACUAAUGCUGCACCCUAUAUUUGCUGUGCCUUUAUCGGCUGCUGGCUCACAGAGCCCAUGAACAAGGUCUUUGGUCGUCGGGGAACCGUCUUCAUCUCGUGUCUGAUCUCGGCAAUCGCUUGUUUCUGGCAGGCAUUCACCAACACAUGGUGGCACAUGUUCAUUGCCCGUUUCGCCCUAGGCUUUGGAAUUGGACCCAAGUCGGCGACCACUCCCAUCUUCGCAGCUGAAUGCUCACCACCCAAGCUUCGCGGCGCUCUAGUCAUGCAGUGGCAGAUGUGGACGGCCUUUGGAAUCAUGGUCGGUUACGUAGCCGACCUGGCUUUCUACUACGUCCCGGAUAUGUCUGGCAUCGUAGGGUUAAAUUGGCGUCUAAUGAUGGGUUCCGCGAUGCUUCCGGCUGUAUGCGUGUGCGCUGUGGUCUAUUUCACGCCCGAAUCUCCCCGUUGGUACCUCACCAAGGGCCGCCAUCGGGACGCGUACAAGGCCAUCUGCCAACUACGUUACGAGAAGGUCCAAGCGGCCCGAGAUCUCUUCUACAUGGAUACUCUUCUACAGGUCGAGAAGGAGGCCAUGAACAUCGGCAGGAGCAAGAUCAAGGAGUUGCUAACCGUCCGUCGUAACCGCAACGCGAUGAUUGCCUCGGAGAUUGUCAUGUUUAUGCAGCAAUUCUGUGGUGUGAACGCCAUCGCCUACUAUUCAACCGAGAUCUUCAUCGAAGCCAGCUUCCCAAAGACUUCGGCGUUGGCUGCCUCGCUCGGCUUUGGUAUCAUUAAUUGGCUGUUCGCCAUACCGGGCUUCUAUACCAUUGAUACCUUUGGCCGACGUAACCUGCUACUUACAACACUUCCGCUGAUGUCCCUGUUCUUGUUCUUCACCGGCUUCAGUUUCUGGAUCCCGGAGACCAGCACGGCGCAUAUUGCUUGCAUUGCCCUUGGUAUUUACUUGUUUGGCGUGGUAUAUUCGCCUGGUGAAGGUCCCGUACCAUUCACAUAUUCAGCUGAGGCAUAUCCACUAUAUAUCCGCCCUGUUGGUAUGUCUCUCGCCACGGCGACUACGUGGUUCUUCAAUGCCGUACUCUCAAUUACGUGGCCCUCGCUCGUCCAGGCGUGGACCAGCCAAGGCGCUUUUAGUUGGUAUGCGGCCUGGAAUCUAGUGGGCUGGGUUUUGGUUCUUCUCUUCGUACCGGAAACGAAAGAAAAGACCCUGGAAGAGCUUGACGCUGUAUUCAAUGUGCCGUCACGCAGUCUAAUGGCGUACGGCAUGAAACAGGUUUUCUACUUCUGGGGCCACUACAUCCUGCGCCGGGAUAUCGCCCCGCCCAAGGUGCCCUCGGCCCGUGACACGGUCGAGUAUACAGAAAAGCAGUUUUCCAAGGAGAAGCACCACGACCCUAGCGCUCGUGUCUAG